CCAGCGAGGACCCUGAUCGGAUAAAUAUUCCUGCUGGAGCCUCUGGAUCAUCAGUAUCCAAGGGCUAGUCCAGAGCGUCAGACAUGGCUCCCUCUCUACUACACACGUUAGCCUCAGCGCUGCUUCUAAGUUCUCUUGCAUAUGCGCAAACUCGUGGGGACUAUCCUGUUGGGGCAGCAUGUGAUCCACGUGAUGGAUUUGGAACCUACUGUCCCACCACAUGUGGAGUAGCAGAUUACUUUCAAAAGUAUAAGCCAGCAGUGGAGCAAGAUCUACAAAAUAUGGAGGAGAUAUUAGAUGGAAUUGCCAACACUACAGACGGGGCUCAAGAGAAGGUCAACUAUAUGAAAGACCAGGCAACACAAGCCCAGAAGACCUCUUCAGACCUCUACAUCAAGAAGUCAACCAGUAUGUUGGACGAUAUUCUACGCUAUGAGAAGACCAUUGUGUCUCAGGAAGAACAGCUAUAUGCACUUCAACAAAUUCUAGACUCCACUACCAAGGACAUGCUGAAUCUUAGACAGUUGUCUCUCCAGCUGGAGCAGAAGUGCAUGGAGCCUUGCAAGGAAACCGUGGAGAUCCAACCCACUACAGGCAAAGACUGUCAAGAUGUGGCUAACAGAGGUGCCAAGGUCAGUGGCCUGUACUUUGUGAAACCAGACCAGGUGGAUGAGGAGUUCCUGGUGUACUGUGAGAUUGACAGCUUUGGCCGUGGGUGGACUGUACUCCAAAGGAGACGUGAUGGCAGCGUGGAUUUCAACCGAAACUGGGUCCCAUACAAGGAAGGUUUUGGAUACUUCUCUCCAGAUGACACCACUGAAUUCUGGCUGGGGCUUGAGAAGAUACACAAGUUGUCUGUGCAGUCAAGCAUUCCUUAUGUGCUGAGGGUAGAGAUGGUGGACUGGAAUGGAGUGAAAAAGUAUGCUGACUACUCCAUGUUCCGCGUGGGCUCAGAGCAGGACAAGUAUCGUCUGACCUACGCCUACUACAGUGGUGGAGAUGCUGGGGAUGCCUUUGAUGGCUUCGACUUUGGUGAUGACCCAAGCGACAAGUUCUACACAUCCCACAAUGGCAUGCAGUUCAGCACACCUGACCAAGACAAUGACAAGUAUGAUGGAAACUGCGCCAAACAGGAUGGAUCAGGGUGGUGGAUGAACCGUUGUCACGCCGCUCACCUUAAUGGAAAAUACUACCAGGGUGGCCAUUACACAGAAAAGGAUGCUGGCGAAAAUGGUUAUGAUAACGGCAUCAUUUGGGCUACAUGGCAGAGCCGCUGGUACUCACUGAAGGAGACAACACUGAAGAUGAUCCCCAUCAACAGGCUGGGUGCAGGAGGCCAGCAGACAGACAUCAAGAAGGUUGGAGAUAUCUAAGGGCCACCUCAGGAGACCUCCACUCUGAUUUUGUUUUGUUUUGCACACUGUAUAUGAUCAUGUCGGUACGGAGCUGAGUUUUUUGUUCUGAUAUGAAGCAAUGAAUAAAUAUUUUCUGUUUUCUAAAAGCA